UAUAUCCGCUCAAAGAUUUCCGAAAAUAACGAAUUUCAUUUCUGUAGACGGGAUCUUCAAUUCUGCUCUCUUUUUCCCGGCACUUUUUUUUUCUUCUUCUCAGUUUCUCUCUCUGCUUCUGCGAUAGCGACGCCGAAAUCAGAGAAACCACAGCGGAAGGUUUAGCUUAUGGGUCGGCCUCCCAGCAAUGGAGGCCCUGCCUUCCGUUUCACGGCUCCCGAGGUUGCGGAGAUGGACGCUAUAUUGCAAGCACACAAUAAUACCAUGCCAGCUCGGGAAGUUCUCGUUGCCCUUGCUGAGAAGUUCAGUGAAUCGGUAGAACGGAAAGGGAAGAUUGCUGUGCAAAUGAAACAAGUUUGGAAUUGGUUCCAGAAUAGACGAUAUGCUAUAAGAGCGAAGACAACCAAGGCUCCUGGAAAGUUAGCUGUCUCUCCAAUUGUCCAAAUCGAGUCAACUCCUGUGAGAAAUGUGCCUCAAACCACAGUUGUUCCUGCUCCUGCACCAGUAGGAUCUGCAAAGAGUGCUUCAGAAAAUCCAUCGUUGGAGUUCGAAGCUAAAUCUGGGAGAGAUGGUGCAUGGUAUGACGUUGCUACCUUUCUAUCCCAUAGAUCUGUGGAAAGCGGUGACCUGGAAGUACUAGUCAGAUUUUCUGGUUUUGGAUCGGAGGAGGACGAGUGGGUUAAUAUCCGAAGGAACAUUAGACCUCGUUCUUUUCCUUGUGAAUCAUCGGAAUGCGUGGCAGUUCUUCCGGGUGAUCUCAUCUUAUGCUUUCAGGAGGGUAAAGAGCAGGCACUUUACUUUGAUGCCCAUGUGCUUGAUACACAAAGAAGAAGACAUGACGUUCGAGGCUGUCGCUGCAGGUUUUUGGUCCGUUAUGAUCACGAUCAGUCUGAGGAAAUCGUCCAGUUGAGAAAGAUUUGUCGUCGGCCCGAGACUGAUUACAGGUUGCAACAGCUUCAUGCUGUAAAUGAAGCAGCAUCCACUGAGCCCUCAAAGUCUGGCUUGGAUUCUGUACUGCUCAGCGGCCAGAGGAUAAAUUUUGAGGCAACACAAAAGCCAAAUGCCAAUAUAAACGUCCAUGCCCAAACUAAUACUCAGGAAGGAAGGAGUACUGAAACUAACAGUGCUCCAACCACACUCAACUCUGGUAAUUCUGCAGCUAGCUCUGCAUUCUCGAGUGGUAUCGUGACGUCGAACUCUGUUUCUGGAUUGUCGGCUGACAAUGUGUCUGAUGGGAAGUUACUUAGCUGACUAUGAAAACGAAUUUCUCACUCAGUCUAAUUUUAACUGAACGUAUCAAUUUAAAAUUUUGCCUGACUCGUUUAUUUAGGAUGAGUAAAUACGUAGCGAAGUCUGUUUUUUGCCACAUGUUUCGAAGUUUUAGGUUCGAAUCCACUUGUUGUGAAUGCUGAAUGUUCUCGACGGAUAAAAAAUGCAGGAGAACGCCUCGAGGCUAACAGGUCAGAGGCAUCAUCUCUCUUGUUUUA